CCAUUUUGCAUUCUUAGAAUCGAUAACCGCUUCUCAUUUUGCAUUGCUACAAUAACCGUCUCUCUCUCUAUCUCUGUGUGUGUGUGUUGUGCGUUCACAGAGUUCACUGAGCGAGCAAGCAAUGGGAGCUAGUACGGAUGUCGAGUCCGCGAGGGACCGGCGAGUACUGAAGCACGUCCACGACAACGUCCACGGCAACAUCUAUCUCGACCCGCUCUUUUUGAAGUUCAUUGAUACCGAACAGUUUCAGAGGCUUCGUGAUCUAAAGCAAAUUGGCUUAGCACACAUGGUUUACCCAGGGGCUGUCCAUUCUCGGUUUGAACAUUCAUUAGGGGUGUAUUGGUUGGCUGGUGAAGCUGUUGAUACAAUCAAAACCUACCAAGGCUCGGAGCUUGGUAUUGAGCGUUCAGAUAUACAAACAGUAAAACUUGCUGGACUGCUGCAUGAUGUUGGCCAUGGGCCAUUCAGCCACUUGUUUGAGCGCGAGUUUCUUCCCCGGGUUAUUAAUGGUGUCUCAUGGCAUCAUGAGGACAUGUCUGUGAAGAUGGUAGAUUACAUUGUUGAUGAGCACAACAUUGAAAUUGACCCUGAAUGCCUUCAGAAAGUGAAGGAUAUGAUAAUUGCGGGACCUGAUCGUACUCCAACAAAAAAUAUGAAGGAAAAGCGUUUCUUGUAUGAUAUUGUUGCGAAUGGUCGAAAUGGAAUAGAUGUUGACAAGUUUGACUAUAUAGUACGGGACUCUCGGGCCUGCGGUCUAGGCUGCAAUUUUCAAUUUGAGAGGUUGAUGGAAUCUAUGCGAGUUAUGGAUGAUGAGAUAUGCUACCGUGCUAAGGAUUAUCUGACAAUCCACAAGUUAUUUGCUACUCGUGCUGAUUUGCAUAGAACAGUCUAUACACAUGCAAAAGUAAAGGCAAUAGAACUCAUGAUCGUUGAUGCUCUGUUAAAAGCAAAUGAUCAUCUUGGCAUUUCAUCCUCAAUUCAUCAACCAUCUGAAUAUUGGAAGUUAGAUGACUCAAUAUUAAGAAAAAUUGAAACUGCUCCCGAUCGAGAGCUCAAGGAAUCAAGAGACUUGAUCCUACGCAUUAGAAGAAGGGAGCUAUAUCAGUUCUGCAAUGAGUUUUCUGUCCCUAAGGAGAGCAUGGACCACUUCAAAAACAUCACUCCCCAAGAUAUUAUUUGUUCCCAGGUCCAAAAGAGAAGUGCUGGUGUUACACUAAAAGAAGAAGAUAUUGCCGUGAGCAACGUUAAGAUUGAUCUGACACGUGGAACGAAUAACCCUCUUGAAAGCAUCAAAUUUUUCAAGGAUUAUGAGUGCGAUGAGAAAUUCCCAAUCCAAGAUGAUCGCAUCAGCCACUUGCUGCCUGCAUUUUACCAAGAUAUGAUAGUUAGGGUGUACUCGAAGAAGCCUGAACUGGUGGAAGCAGUAUCUGAGGCAUUCGAAAAUUUUCAGCUGAAGACAUUUGGAAUUAAAGCACAGGUUCAUGCAACUCCUGAAAAGAAGAAACGCCGAAGAUAAUGGCUACAACUGAGUCUGAAUUCUACCUUGCCCUUUAGUUGGAAUAGGUAAAUACUCAUAUUCAUAGCAUAGUUGGAAUAGGCAAAUGCUCAUAUUCAUAGCAUAGUUGGAAGAGGCAAAUGCUCAUAUUCAUAAAGAAACAUCUUAAUACAAUGAGCAAAUGUGCGAACUUUCAUAUAGUGAAUGAUAUAAAAAAAUGUAUAAAUCCAUAAACCUUAAUGCCGGAUGCAACUGUAUAAAUCAUAUAUCUUCUC